CCUUUGGCUCUCGGGUAAUAGAUCCUGAAAUGACAAGAGACAUGCCACGGCAAAACAUGGUCAGAGAGCUGAUCGAUUUAGUACCGCAUGGAGAGAGGGAUUUCUUUCUGAAUCUCUGUAUAAAGUCCUAACCCCUCCUCUCUUCCAUCCCGUCCAAGUUUCCUGUCAUAGUAAUUGGAGUUGACUCUGGCGCCCUAACGCAUAUAUUGCUCAGUUGGCUUUCUCACUAUAAGUCUAACUGGAUCUCAUAUAUACUACAUAUACGUAGAUCGGACAGGGUCUAUCUCACCAUAAGACAAGAUGGUCGGCAACAAGCAACGGCCCCCAUUCCGGGCUGAGCAUCUAGGCUCACUUCUACGUCCUGUUGAGUUGACUGAGAGACGACUUCAACUUGACAAUGCUAAGGCCCUCGAGAUUGCUAACGAUGAAAAGUUGCAUGAAAUCGAGGAUAAGGCUAUCAACGAGAUAGUCAAGCUACAGUUAGAUUUGGGAUUCCAUGCCAUUAACGAUGGAGAGUAUCGUCGCCAUCAGUUUUGGGGCACAUUCUUCCCGAAUCUUGAGGGCUUUGAAGAGAUUGUGGCACCUGACUGGGGGAUGUUCCGCAUGUAUGUCCCGGACAUUGCUGCCUUCACCGAGGCAGGUCACAAACCGGGCGAGUCCGUCGUUUGCACUGGCAAGAUCAAGCACAAAGGCAGUAGUUACCUGAAAGACUGGAACUAUCUCAAGAACCUUGUGCCUGCUGAUCGUGUCAAGGAUCUCAAGAUCACACUCGCUGCCCCGAACUGGUAUCAUUUGCGCUACAAGAAGGGAAUGGCGUAUCCGCAGAGCGUGUAUGCCAACGAUGAAGAAUAUUUCAAAGACUUGGCCGUGGCAUACGCAACAGAGCUUCAGACUCUAUAUGACAAUGGAGUACGAAAUGUCACCAUCGACGACCCGAAUCUAGCUUAUUUCUGUUCGGAGAAGAUGAUUGCGGGAUUCAAGACAGACGGUGAGGACCCUGACGCGCUUUUCGACUCAUAUGUCAAGCUAUACAACGACUGCAUUUCUUCACGGCCUUCCGACAUGCACCUCGGCAUCCAUCUUUGCCGAGGCAACUUCGCAUACAGCAAGCACUUCUCGGAGGGCGGCUAUGAUCGGAUCGCGACGAAGCUAUUCAAAGACAUCAACGCAGACACGUACUUCCUGGAAUAUGACACAAGCCGAGCGGGCACGUUCGAGCCGCUCAAGGAACUCCCGACGAACAAGAACGUCGUGCUGGGCGUCAUCACUAGUAAAUUCCCAGAGCUGGAGGAUCUGGAAGAGAUGAGGGGACGUGUGUUCUCAGCUGCCGACAUCAUCGCACAGGGCUCAGGACAGACACGCGAGGAGGCGUUGAAGAGGAUUAGCGUCAGCCCUCAAUGUGGGUUCGCAAGCCACCAUCUUGGAAACUCGGUGACAAGAGAUGAUAUGAUUGCCAAGCUCAAGCUCGUCAGACAGCUCGCAGAUUCGAUCUGGCCAGGUGAGCCAUAAUUAGUGAUCGAGAACAUGUAGUUGGAACAAGUUAAUUUUCGGCUUGAUAAUACUCCAGGGUGAUGAGUACAGGGUAUCAUAUGAUAAUUAUGAUGAUGCUCUACAUAGUAGGAGAUACCACCGGAAUCAGAUGAAUAUCAAAGAGAGGAAAUAUUCUCUAUUCGAUAGAUCUUGAGAGCGUGAUGUCUAGAUAACAAGUACACGUAAUGCGC